GCAAAAACCCACCUCUCAGACUGAGAGCCUUACCUCCUUUUCUGUUAAGCACUCUCUCCUCUUUUUUAUAUAUAAUAAUAAUAGUUCCACAAUUUCCUCUCUCUAUUCUAUUUUUCCCUUUAUUCAUUUCCGUUCUGUAAAAUUCACUGCUGAUUAUCAUGGCGACUCCUCCCAAUCCAACGGACGGCAAUCCACCCUCACCCGCAACAGAACCAUCACAACCAACAAAUCAGGAUCAGCAAGAUUCUAAGGUGGAGGCUCCGAGUCAAACUUCUCCAACGUCGGUGUUUGUCAAUUCUGAGCCAAUGCGAGAGGAACAAGUGCAAAAUGCAGUGAAAUUUCUCUCACACCCCAAAGUUAGAGGUUCUCCGGUCAUCUACAGAAGAUCAUUUCUUGAAAAGAAGGGCCUCACAAAGGAGGAGAUAGACGAAGCCUUUAGACGUGUACCUGACCCGCCACCAAGUGCAACCAAUGUUAAUCAAGAUGCACAGGUGAAGCCAUCAUCAAACAGUCAGCCACAGGCUGCAGUACAAACUCUGCAGCCUGCAGCAGCUGCUCCCCCCGGUACCAUUUCCUCAAUGCGGUUUCGAUUCCACUGGACUCAUGCUGUUUUUACCAUAGGAUUACUGGCAGUUUCAGGUGCUGGAACAGCUGUGCUAAUUAAGAAAUCUAUUGUUCCAAGAUUGAAGACUUGGAUACGCAAGGUUGUAUUGGAGGAAGAAGAUGACCUUGUCAAGAAAAUAGAUUCAAAACCAAGUUUAGCAGAGGAGGCAGCUGCUGCUGCAAAAGCAGCUGCAGCUGCAGCAGCCGAUGUGGCAAAAGCAAGUCAAGAAAUGUUGAAUUCAAGGAAUGAAGAAAGGAGACGUUUUGAAGAAUUUACUAAUCUCAUGGAUGUACAAGUACGAGAAAUGAAGUCAAUGACUAAUGCCAUAAGGAAAUUGGAAGGACAAUCAAACACCCAAGGGAGAGCCUCUUUUGUUGAUCAAGAGGAUCAUGGAGUUGCUAUAUCGAAUUCAAAGCAAAUGUAUGUAAACAACAAGACGGACUAUGACUUGCGCUCAGUGAGAUCUUCCUCACCUCCCACAUCUGCAGAACCAUCAGUUGCACCUCAUCCUAAGUCCUAUAUGGAUAUUAUGGCCAUGAUCCAGAGAGGGGAGAGACCUCCUAAUAUCAGAGACAUAAAUGAUCAACCCCCAAACCCUAAUCAGCAACCAUCAAAUCCUCGUUUAGCACCUAGAGCUAAGCCAUGGGAGCUUAGUCAGGCCCACAACUCAAGCCAACCACCUCAAUCUCAAGUAAGCAACGAAGGCUUGAAUUCCAAGGUACAAGACAAUGGAGUAACCUAUCAGUUAAAUGGUGACAGUUCAGUACCUUGGUGGCAACAGAAAAAUGCCAAAAUCACAGAGAUUGAAAAUGGAGAUGAACUCAAGGCAGGGAUUUAUGGUCAACGAAUCAGUGAGCCACCUGUUCAACGUUCGUGGGUCCCUCCUCAGCCACCCCCGGUUGCAAUGCCAGAAGCAGCUGAAGCCAUCCGACGCCCAAAACCAGCAGUUCAGAGAGAACAGUUGGUUGAUGAUCAGUCGGUCACAAAUCCUUCAGAUGCAACUGAUGAGUUGCAGAGGAUCACAAAAAUAUCUGAAUCUGGAGGUGCGAUGGAGGUUAAUGGUGGGAGCUCGGUGCUGAACUCAAGUGUGGAGAUUAAUGGUGGGAGCUCAGUGCUGAACUCAAGUGAGAUACAAGAAGAUCACAGUUAUGAGCGAAGUGUUCAUUCAACUUAAUUUAAGGUACCCCCACAUGUAUACUUUUCUGUUAGUAGUAGCGGCCCAUGGAAUGUUUUGGAUCAACUUGAAUCGAAUAAUGAUCCCAUGCUAUUGUGUAGUUAUAACAGAAUUUGAAUGCAAGAUACGUGGACUUAUUUUCAUGAGAAAAUGAGAGUUAUAAUCAAUAAUGAGAGAAAGCCCUUGUGAAACAUAAGUGCAAGCAUGUAUUGUUUGCAUUUAGCGUAUGCAAGUAUUUCUAGCUCCUUUUGUACGGGUU